AUGGUUGCCGAAUUUGCGAGAAAGCACCUUGUCGAACGCCAGCUUGAAGAAGCAUCCGAUGUGCCCAAAGCUCCGAGGGACUUUCUGAAUCGUUUCAAAGAGGCUCACAACAAAGACCCGGACUUUAUCACUGAGCAACUUGUCCUGGAACUGACAGUAGCCAAUAUGUUUGCAGGAUCUGACACAACCGGGACUCAAGAUCACACUACUUACAAACAAGCAGUCAGAGUCCGUCUACAGUCUAAAUUCGCGCCAGCUUGGCUUUCCCUGGGAGGAAUGACCUCUCACGUCAUCACUGCUGAGGGAUGUGCUGGGCUCUAUGCGGGUUUGAGUGCAGCCCUUCUCAGGCAAUUCACCUAUUCAACCAUCCGCUUCGGAGUCUAUGAAGAUCUUAAAUCACGCUUCAGUCGUGAUACUGGGAACUCACCUUAUUUUUCCGUGAUACGAAUCUCUCUAUCGGCUCUGUCGGGAUUCAUGGGAGGUGUGCUUGGGAACCCAGCCGACAUUGUCAAUGUGAAGAUGCAGUUUGAUAUGUCUAGACCAGUAGCAGAGCGAAGAAACUAUCAACAUGCUAUUGACGGCAUAUUGCGCAUUGUUAAGACCGAGGGUUUCAGGUCUCUGUACCGUGGAGUAAGUACCAAUGCCGUUCGCGCAUUUCUCAUGAACUCCUCGCAGCUGGCCUCCUACGAUGUGGCCAAGGUAUAA